AUACUUGAAAAAGGAGAAUAAAAAAAAAAACAUGAAUUAAUAAUUAAUGGAAGCCUACAGUGCCUUACAAUUACUUCUGUUAAUAGUGUUAACAGUAUUUUGAAGCGAAUUGAACUACCGAAAUAUCACCAGGUUGGCGCUGCCUCACAUACCAUACCAGAACAAGGAGAAUCCCAUUUAACCACAAUGGGUAAGGAUUACUACAAGAUUCUGGGCAUUGAGAGGAAUGCAUCCAGCGAAGACGUCAAGAAGGGAUACCGCCGGAUGGCUCUCCGCUACCAUCCGGACAAGAACGACCAUCCGCAGGCCGAGGAGCAAUUCAGGGAGGUGGUGGCCGCCUUCGAAGUGCUCUCCGACAAGGAAAAGCGCGAGAUAUACGACCAGUACGGCGAGGACGGUCUCAAAUGUGAUGACGAGCCGGCGACCUUCGCCCAGCCCACGUCAGACAUGAUCCCCUUUAUGUGCGCCGUCGGAGGAACCGUGCUCUUUGCGUUCGCUGCCUACAAGACCUUCCAGUUCUUCAACCGGAAAAAAAAGGCUUCCGACAACGAUGGAUCGUCCUCGGAUUAAGCUAACGUUCCAAGGGCUUGGUAAAGCAAUCUCGGGGAUCUUAAUUUAUAGAUACUUGUACAACUUGUACUGUUCAGCUAAUUUAUUCUUUGUAUCUACGGAUAUUGUUGUUUCUAAAAAUGUGUAAAUCAGGUCCAUCAGAUCAAGCAGAGAAAACUAAAAGCAACAGCUAAAUUAAAAGUUAUUGCUAUACACAUUGGCGCUAUGCUAUGCUAUGGACUUGAUAGGAUAAUACAAUAAUGGACAAAUGACACAAUGUUUUCAUAGAUGUUUGUCCAGAGGUAAAGAAAAUUGCAUUACCAUUUUGAUAACAUACAAUUCACUAAUGCAUCUCUAUUUCGAGUAAAUGAAUCAGCUUAAGUUUCUAGAAAACAUCGCUUAUAUGGUUGUGAAAAUAUGUAACACAAAAAUAUCGCAUCGAUGAUACAUACAUUAUUUUUUAAAAUUAUAAAUUAAGUAUUUUAGAUUUUAAAGAUUUCAUAGAAAUCGAACUACUUGUUUCUCGGUACAUAUAUUUAAAAAUAAAAAAAAAAUUCAUUUUUGAUGGAGCAAUUUUUUACAUGUAUUUUAAAAUUUACUGUGUUUUCAGCUUAUUUGAACAAAUGAACCAAUAAGGGAUUUUUAAAUCGGAACCAAUUCUGGUAAACAGAAGGCACUAUUAUUUUAUUAUUAUUAGUUAAUACAAUUAUAACAACUUGGUGCGUUUAAAACAUAA